GUGUUUUUAUUUAGCGUUAAGCCCACGAGAUAUCCAAUUUCCUUUUCUGGGCCUGUCUCUCUCUCUCUCUCCCUCCGAACGAAAUCACUGACCUGACCUAUUCUCUCUCGUCUCUCUCUCUCUCUUCUCCGUGUCGGCUUUAGGUCUUCUCCGGUAAGGAAGCUUCGAACCCAAUUAACACCGGACGGAAAACGCUGAUCCGACUAGUUCCCUGACCUUUCACCCUCCAAGUUUAGUCAAUGAGAAAAUGCUCCUCAGUUUUAACGUUUUAGAGAUCCGCACCCAACAAGCAACGUUUUCGCAUUGUUUCUCACCAUCUUCGUCGCCGCUAUGUCAAGAUUUCUGAUCUCUAGAAUCGUUGGAAAACAAACGCAAUCUCUUAUCUCGAACCAGAAAGAUAAAGGGACACAAUGGGGAAGCUAUAGAACUGCUUUUACAGCUGCUCUGAGGUCGCCUCAAUUCAGAGUUUACUCUUCGUCUGGUAGGAUUCCGAGUAAUGGGCAUUGUACAUUUUCCCUUCGUGAUCUUAAAGGAAGUUUUUUGAGUAAUCACCUGUCACGAAGUUAUUCUACUGCCUCUGCAACAAAUGUAGUUAGUCAUCAUGCCCAAGUUGCUUUGAGAAGGCUUCAUCAUAAGUAUUCUAUGCGUAUUAGUACUAUUGCUCAGGCGUUUUGCUUGUCUCUUACCCGUUCACACUUGUUAAUACCUGGGAUCGUUGCUGUCACUUGUGGGCAAGUUGCAUGGGCGCAAAGAGCUCCUGGUUCUGCUAUAGAUCACUAUGCGUCAGAUAAAUCCCUCUAUACAAGGGCAAAGAAUGGUCCUAUCUUUCUUUCUUCGUUAGUGUUUUCGGUUAUAGAAGGUUUCAUUUUGAUUGGGAGGGCUUUUUAUAUAGCUUGUUUGUUUACACCUAGUAUUCUGAUGGGUCUGGUUGUUGAAGCAUGUGGGCCUCGUUUUAGGAAAAUAUGGCUUCAGAUGGUCCAUCGAACUCUUGAAAGAGCAGGUCCUGCUUUUAUCAAAUGGGGUCAAUGGGCAGCCACACGACCGGAUCUCUUCCCCAAGGAUUUGUGUUCACAGCUCUCAAAGCUUCACAGUAAUGCUCCUGAGCAUAGCUUUGCCUACACUAAGAAAACUAUUGAGAAGGCUUUUGGUCGUAAACUUUCUGAGAUAUUUGAGGAAUUUGACGAGGUGCCAGUAGCAUCGGGAAGUAUUGCCCAAGUACAUAGAGCUUCUUUGAGAUUUCAGUAUCCAGGACAAAAGUCCAAGUCUUCGUUGGUUGCUGUUAAAGUUAGACAUCCAGGUGUUGGUGAAUCAAUUAGAAGAGAUUUUGUGAUAAUUAAUUUGGUGGCAAAGAUAUCGACUAUUAUUCCAGCUUUGAAAUGGUUGAGAUUAGACGAGAGUGUGCAACAGUUUGGUGUCUUCAUGUUGUCUCAAGUUGAUCUCGCGAGGGAAGCUUCUCAUUUGAGUCGGUUCAUAUAUAACUUCCGUAGAUGGAAGGAUGUCUCUUUCCCUAAACCAGUGUAUCCGCUUGUACAUCCUGCUGUUUUGGUGGAAACAUAUGAGCACGGAGAAAGCGUUGCACGUUAUGUUGACGGAAUGGAUGGACAUGAAUGGAUUAAAACUAGAUUAGCUCACAUCGGGACUCAUGCCCUCUUAAAAAUGCUCCUGGUUGAUAACUUUAUUCAUGCUGACAUGCAUCCGGGAAAUAUCCUUGUCCGGAAAAAGGCUUCCCGUGGAGGCCUUUUCAAAACGAAGAAGCCUCACAUUGUUUUCCUUGAUGUGGGGAUGACUGCUGAACUCUCAAAGAACGACCGAGAGAACUUACUUGAAUUUUUCAAGGCGGUUGCACGUAGGGAUGGCCGGACUGCUGCUGAGCGGACACUUAAGUUAUCAAGAAAGCAGAAUUGUCCCAAUCGAGAGGCUUUUAUCGAGGAAGUAGAGGAAGCAUUCAAAUUCUGGGGUACCCCUGAGGGAGAUUUAGUACAUCCAGCAGAUUGUAUGCACGAAUUACUUGAGAAAGUAAGACGUCAUAGAGUUAAUAUUGAUGGGAAUGUGUGCACUGUGAUGGUGACAACAUUAGUUCUUGAGGGUUGGCAACGGAAACUCGACCCAGGAUAUGAUGUGAUGCACACAUUGCAAACAAUGGUGUUGAAAACCGACUGGGCUAAGUCUCUUUCUUACACGGUGGAUGGUCUGAUGGCGCCAUAGGAGACAAGAAAGGUUCCAUCUUUUUGAAAUUUUGUUUGUUAUCAUCAUAGGAGUCAAAACGAUUUACACAUCUUAGAUGAGAGAACAUAGAAAGAAAGUACAUGUUCUUAAGUUCCUCUUGUUUAUUUUUCAUUCUUUUCUCUUUUGCUUUUUAUUGUUAUGGAUUUUGGUUCAUUCUAACUACAUAGAAUUGUAUUUACGCGGUGGUUUCUGAUAUUAACCACCCGUUUGUUCUCUGAACCGAAGAACAAUGAACAAAAAACAAUGAAAAAGGCUGCCUGAGAAUGGUCUAAAUGAUUUGAAUAAAGUGUUUACAUCCGUGUA